UUCACCUUACUACCUGGUUGUCCCUUCAGACUGCACGGGAAUCUCUCUCAGUAAGGUGCAGUCGUCUAGAGGGCACCGUACCGCCUACUGUCCCAACCGAUCAACAAAGGAUGGUAAAAGUCUGGACUAAUCGCACCAAUACCGUCGAACCGCAUGUCAUACACCUAAGCAUCACUAAACCAGGGCCUCGAUCUUGCUACUCUAUACCAUAAGUAUCCAAGACUUCGUCGGUGGUCAGUCAGUAUAGACAUCGAUUGGAAGCAGUAGACACGAAAGCCAGUGCGCGAGUGCAGAGCCAGUGAAAUCAUUCAAUUUUAAAAGAAGCCAUCGAUUACAGUGAUAAGUAGCUUUUCAAUUCAACACAACAUGAACAGAACAAACAAAACGAGCAUAAAAAAUAAAGUGAACAAGAGCGGCGGAUCCGCUGGGGACAUAGCCCUAAAAAGAAGUUCCAACAUGUUGAUCAAAGCGAUAAGGCAAGCUGAUGAUGUGAAGGUGCGGCAACUUCUUGAGAGCGGCGUCAACCCUAACGCUCGUGAUAACCUUUACCAAGGGAACGACGCCCUUCACUACGCGGUCAACGGUAGAAGUCUCUCCAUCUUGAAAAUGCUGCUCGAACACAAUUGUUACCACAGCGACGUGAACUAUGACAAAGAGUCAGCCUUCGAGAUAGCCCUGAAGCUGAGCAAGUUCGAGUUUGCCGAGGCGCUGCUGUGCUUUGGCGCGCGGGUCGAGAUCAACCUGUUUAAGGAUUACUACGCCCCGGUCGACAGUGAAAGACGCAAGCUAGCGUUGCUAUUUUUUUGGUUUGCAGAUCUCGAUGCGCGGGAUAGCAAUGGCCUGGCAAUCCUCCACUUGGGCUUCGUGCGCGAGGACAUCGAAGGUAUUUCCAUUCUUAUCAGAAGAGGUGCCAAAAUCAACCAACGCACGCGCGGCCUCGGCAUAACGCCGCUUCACAUCGCAGCCAAGACGCUGAGCGUACCGUGCGUCACCAUGCUUCUCAGAUUGGGUGCCGAUCUUGAGCUGCGGGACGAGUACGGCCACGCCCCGUUGCACCAUGCAGUUGUUCACUACCAGGCCGCCGACUCGAAGAAACGAUUAGAGGUGGUGGAAUUGCUGCUGAAAGCCGGCUAAUAUCACCCCGCUUCACGUGGCCGCGAGGUUCGCAGCGUACGAGUGCAUUCAACUACUGCUGAAGUACGGAGCAGAUGUCAACGUACGCGAUUACUUGGGCCGUACGCCGAUGUUCAUGUUGAUCGGCGGAGCCACUGGAUGCAUCGAUGAGGAGCGUCUGGAGACGGUGCAGCUGAUGAUCUCCGCCGGUGCUAACGUUAGCUUGGCGGACAACAAUGGCGUGACGCCGCAACAUCUGCUGUCCGAAUGCGCAUUCGAGUGAUGUAUAUGUGCGACGAUCAACGGUGCAGCUUUUACUUAUAAUUUUAGUAUAAUAAACAAUAAUUAUAAUGAAUUAUUAAUCUUGUAUUUAUGAUGAUGGCGAAUCCUAUAAGAAGUUAAAUAAAUAGCAAUGAGUUAGAAGAAUAACAGGCCAAAUACCUUUUUGAAUGCGACCGGUUUCUAUAAGCAAUUUGGUUGCUAUGAAAGAAAAAAUUAGAAGAAUAAUAUCAAUAGGUAGAAAUUUGGUGCGUACCUUCCUCGUCCGUUUGAAUAAAGAUAUUUUUAUUAAAUCUUUAACCGAAACUGUGUUCAUUUAACAUCCAUUUCUAAUAGGUUAUACGCCCAGGUCCCGUUGUUACAAAAAUGUUCAUAAAUAAUCGCGAACAUUUCAAGUUUCUGCUCAGCUAUAUACUUGGCAAUGAAAAAGGUCAAAAAUGAACAGCCAUAAUUGAUAGGCAUAUAAUAUAGCUAACCAAAAAAUUGAAAUGUCGAUUUAAAUUUUCAAAACGAAAGUAGAAGGAAAGAGCUUUAAUUUGAGCCCGGUUCCGUUUGAAAUUGACCGUUUGGUUCAAAAGUUAUAAGAAUUUUUUAAAAAGAGAAAAUUCGAAGUAUUUUUAAGCCUAGACAACUGUUCACCUAGGCAGCCAUUUUUAAUCCCCCAGCCCUCGUAUUAAAUCGCUCAUUUCGCGAUGCUUCAAUAAUAUGCGUUUUUGGAUUGCACCUCAAGACAUAAGGUUGAAAUUUAUUGCUGCUUUUCGUUAAUUUUCCAUUAGAGAAUUUAAAUUGACCGGCAAAAAAGUUUCGCAAGCGAUCGGCGAUACACGCUGGCGUUUUCACGCAUUAAAUGGUUCAAAGGUAACAAAAAAAAAAAAAAAAAAAAAAAAAAAAAAAAAA